CUUAUCCCGACCAUUGAACUGUACACACCAUGGCUCAACAGUCUUCCGACUCUCAACUUCCCAUGGCUUCUACGAAGCGCCGUCGCGCACCUGAACCGGACGAGCAGCGCAAGCGGCACUGUCAGGAAGACUCCAGUACUGACCGCAACGUCCGAUACGGACAUUCACAUCUAGCUCGCGACGCUUCUGGGCGGGUCCGUCCUUCAAGUUCCCAGCUCAUGUCUCGAUAUGACUCUUUCAGCCCUCUGCCAGAGCGAGAUACCAACCUACGCACACACCAACUACCCGGGCAAGAUGCCAUCGGCUACGCAGCGGACGUCGCACCCGCAGAUGAGGUACCAGCAAGGGGCAUUGCGAGUACUCCACAACAGUCGCCCCGUAAUGUGACGAUCAGGAGCAUCCCAGUAGUGGACUUGACAGGCGCAUCCAACUGGCUAAACCGCGCGAGCAAACAUCCUUGCCAGACCCAGUUGGAAGCCGUGCCCGGGAUCCCAGUGGACUUCGUCAAAGACUUCACAAACGAGCCUGCCGCCUACACUCCAGAGGAUAUCUGGACAUUGCGCCACCUGAAAAUCCCGGCUCGUCACCGAAAGUAUCUUGAGUUCCAGGCACUCGGCGAUAUCCUGAGGACUCUCACCUAUACAGACCAGAAGCUGUGGGAUACUUGGGAGCUGGUCAAGUCGAAGACUGAAGAACUCCAACGCGAGGAGCAACUUUGGUACCGCCGACAUAAAGAUCGCGAGUUUGGAGAGAAUUAUAUCGAUAAUAAUGGCAAGAAGAAAAGGUUGCUUCCCUGGGACACGUGGCUCAAAUUCCAGUCCCGGGUGAUGCUCAUUAACCAAGACGGCACGUACAAGGAGCUUACUGUUCCCGCGCCAGUUGAUUUAGAUCCUCCGAGUGUGGUGACGGGCGGAAAGCGAGGGAUGGAAGACUUGGAUAACGGCAAUACCCACUUGCCUACCAAGAGGCCUCGCUGCGGUGACAGUAAGGAUGAUCCCGUCGACUUGACUGAGCAGCAGAAAAGUCGAGACUUACCUCAGCUCCGCUUCGAUACAACUGCACGAGAUCAAAUGCGUCUCCACAAAAAGGGCAAGGGUACUGACGAGCGUCCAAUCUACAAAGCUGAGCACAAGGAGGCCCGCACUGGAGCUUGUGCUGAUUAUGCUUGGAUGGCUGAGAACGAUGAGAUUGAGCAGAGGGUUCAGGAGCAAGACGCUCUUCAACAAGUAUCACAAGACCGUGGCUUUACAGACGCAGAAAAUGCCCGGUUGGACUAUUGGAAGCGAGAGUGGCCUCGCGAUGAGGUCUCCCUUCCAGACCACCCUUUAAUCAACGUGGAAGAUUAUACUCCAAACGAAGAGGGUAUUUAUCAGUGCUUCCACAAAGAUUUCAACUGCGCAGAUCGCUCUUGCGGUCAUGGCUGCUGCGAAAACGGGUAUGAUGCGAAGGGUUUGAAGAAGGCGAUUGCGAAGGCGAUCCGGACAUACAAGUCACAAGUCGAGCGCAUGAUUGAGAAUGGAGAUCUGGACCCGCGCCACAAGUUCUGGACAAACUGGUGUAACGAUAGCAUCCGAGAUAUAAAAUCAGGGAUAACGAAGGAGGAAAAGAAGGAGAGGAAGAAGAAGAAGAGGAAAGGUAGGAAAGGUAGGAAAGCUGUCGUCGAGGAGGCCGAGCACACUCUCAACGAUGAAAACUCCACCAUUACGGAGGCACAACUGAACUUCCACUCCGUCAAUGAGCCUGAUGCUGAAGCCGUGGCCGCUGCCGCCGCCGCACUUGCUGACAAGCAAGCAUUGGAGCACGAAGAGACGAUCAAGGCAAACAUGAAGAUGAUUAACCGGAGCUACCGAGAUGCUCGUUUCCGCGAGGAGCGAAAGAAGUACCCUGAUUUCGACCUUCUCGAUGCUUGGUGGGCGGCAGCUCGCAAAGAGUACCAGCGCCUCCCCCUCACAUCAGAGGAACGUGCUUUGCGUGAUCUCCCCGGGGGCGAUCCAUCGCUUUCGGACAAGAUUCCGAUGACCAAGAAGGCGCCUCUUGCCCAAUCCACGCCAGAACAGCCACGAAUCGAAGCGUCGCAACAAGAAUACCAUGAGUUCGAUCCUCUCUUCGACGAUCCUCCGGUUGGAGUAGAGCCUGGGACUGAAGAGUCUCUACACAGUGAAGAAGAGUUCGACCCGCUGUUCGAUGAGCUCCCGGACAACGACGAUCCACCCAUUGGUGUAGAGCCUGAGACUGAAGAGUCUCUACACAAUGAAGAAGAGUUUGACCCGUUGUUUGAUGAGCUCUCGGACAACGGCGAUCCACCGUUGGACGAUGCAGAACUAGACGAGUAUAUCUUGUAG